UGUCGGAUUCUCGCAUCGCUCCCAUUCGCAGCUCCCCUGUCAUCAUGGCGGCAGCCCUGAGCAUGGAAGAGGUGGCCAAGCACAACACCAAGGAGGAUUGCUGGGUCGUUCUCUACGGAAAGGCCUAUGACUUGACGAAAUUCGCCAAGGUCCACCCUGGUGGUGCCAAGCUCAUCACCGAUGCAGCGGGGAUGGAUGCCACGGCCAUUUUCGAUCCCAUUCAUCCCAAGGAUAUCAUGGACAAACUCCUGAAACCUUCCUUGACCAUGGGCGUGGUGGAUGUUGCCACCAUCAAGCCUGAGCACGUGGCGAAGGCUCCUGAGGCUCACAAGCCGGCCCCCAAGAAGAAGAAGGCUGUCACGGAGGAGGGCGAGGAAGAGAUCGAGGAGUUCAAGAAGCCGCCUCUCAACGCGAUGCUCAACACCUUUGACUUCGAGUCCGUCGCCCGCGAGGUGAUGGAGCCCCAAGCUUGGGGUUACUAUUCCUCCGGUGGCGAUGAUGAGAUCACUCUGCGCGAUAAUCACAUGGCUUUCCAGCGCAUCACCAUGCGUCCGCGCAUCUUGGUGAACGUGCGGGACAUCGACAUGACCACACAGAUCCUGGGCGUCCCGGCCUCCUUGCCUCUGUACUUCACCGCCACCGCCCUGGCCAAGUUGGCACACCAGGAUGGCGAAGUUGCCAUUGUGAAGGCGGCCAAGAAGGCUGGAGUUCCCUACAUGCUGCCCACUCUGAGUUCCUACACCUUGGACGAGAUGUUGGCGGCCAGGACCCCAGAUCAGCAGGUUUUCUCUCAGCUCUAUGUGAAUCCGGAACGCUCCAGGUCGGAGGAGUAUGUCAAGAAGUUGGAGGAGGCUGGUGUCCAAGCCCUCUUCGUGACUGUGGAUGCCCCUCAGCUGGGACGCCGCGAGAAGGACAUGAGGAACAAGUUUACUCAGCAGGGAUCUGAUGUUCAGGGCGACGAUGAAGAUGAAGGAGCCGUUGAUCGUUCUCAGGGUGCCACACGUGCCAUCAGCAGCUACAUCGAUCCUGGACUCAACUGGGAGGACGUGCCCUGGUUGAAGAGCAUUACCAAGAUGAAGGUCUUGUUGAAAGGCGUGCAGUGCGCCGAGGAUGCCGUUAUGGCCUUCAAGGCUGGCCUGGAGGGCUGUGUCCUGUCGAAUCACGGUGGACGACAGUUGGACACUUGCCGCCCUGGCAUCGAGGUUCUGCCCGAAGUCAUGGAAGCUCUGAAGGAGGCUGGUGCCACCAAGGAGUCCUUCGCUGUGUUCAUUGAUGGUGGUGUUCGCCGGGGUGGAGACAUCUUCAAAGCCGUUGCACUGGGAGCACAGGCUGUGGGCGUUGGCCGCCCAGUCCUUUACUCCCUUGCCUCCUAUGGCAUGAACGGCAUCGUGCGAAUGGUGCACAUGCUGCAAGAUGAACUUCAGAUGGUGAUGCGUCUGUCUGGCACACCCAACAUCCCAAGCAUCACGGAGAAGCAUGUGAUCAUCACCAACUUGGCCGAUCACAUCGUGCCCCUCCCCACCGACUUCCUCACACAGAGAACCUACCAGGGCUUGGAGCCCGCGGCCAAGUUGUGAGGCAAGUGAAGUGAGGUCGUUUUCCGCAAGGAGCUAGGUUUCUCCAAAUCUUCCGCCAGCCGAUUCUCGUGAAGGGAGUCGGUGAGUUUUCACUUUGAACGAGGUUUUUUCAAUCUUCCAAAGUCUUGCUGUUUGAG